AUGCCCGAAAAACUCCGGGCGACUACAGACUUCACUCCCGUCGAAAUAUAUCGCCGCACAAUUGGUAGUAAGCUUGCUAUCACGAAUCGUCCAAUCUACAACACCUACCUGUGGUUACAGAAAUCAGCAAUUCUUUUCUUCUACCUUCAUCAUAUCCAUCCAAGCGAACAAUGGAAGCGAUACAUAUCCUGGUCCUAUGGCAUAAUCUUUGCUGCAACUUGGGUUGCUGCGCAGAUUGUUGGCUUCACUGAGUGUGACCCUUUCCAUCUGUACUGGCAGGUGGUUCCAGCUCCUGGAAGCUGUGUCCAGGCACAAGUUCAACUGUUCGUGCUAGGUAUUCUUAACAUCAUCACCGAUUUCAUGAUACUCGCCCUCCCACUCCCAAUGCUCUCUUCGUUGCGAACACCAUGGCGCACAAAGAUACGCCUUUAUUCUCUUUGUACACUUGGAAUAUUCAUCAUUGCAAUCACCAUAAUUCGACUCCCUAUCAACGCAAUGCAUGCAGCUGUACAAGCAAACCGGACGACAUGGGCAAGCACUGAGCUGCUUGCCGCUGCGAUAGUGGUAAACGCGCCUGUCUUGUAUGGAGCGUUCAACAUCUGGCGACAACGCUCACGUCGAAAAUCUCAAAGACCGGCACCACGCGCAGGCGCAUCAUCCACAAUACGCACCAUAGGCAGCGGCGGCAAGCAACCCAAAAGAUUAUUAAACGUGCCAAAAGACGAUGAGGAGCUUAUGCUUCAGCCUUAUCGCCAGACCAGCAUAACAUCCUGCACAUCCCUCCAAGAUCCGCAGAGCGAAGACGGAGCAACAAAGAAGCCCGACUUAGGAUCGUAUGAGGAGGCGGAUCGAAAUCGGGCGCAAGCCUCGAGUUGA